AUGCUACAGAUGAUGCCACGAUCCCCUUUAAAUUUACGCAUUGCCUGGGAUUCAGGCGUGAUUCAAUCAAUCAAUGAUAUGAAGAUACAGAAGUCCGUAAGCGAGAGGCUCCUUCCGUUUCCAAGAUUUCAACCGAAACAUAUAGAGCCCAAACAAUGUACUCCUUACUCUAAAAGCAUCCUACGCUCAUACAGACAAAUAGAAAAUAGCUUAUUCUCAAGAAACAAUAGUAUUAACACUAAAUUAACCUCUCAAGCAUUAAAUGAUCGAUUCCUAAUUACUGAGUGGAUGGUCGAGUUUUGCAUCAGCUAUAAGAUUAAUCAUAAUGUCACAUCGGUAGCUAUUAAACUUUUUGACUACAUCAACUCCAUUGAAGUCAUUCCACGAGACAAGGCCAAAUUACACGCUGGCAUGUGUAUAUUCAUUGCUAACAAGCUCGAAGGUGAAGAUUUUGAUGAGAUAUGUUCCUUCUUAGUAGAAGAUUUAGAGAAUAUAGUUUUAGAUGAUAUAGUUCAAACAGAGCUUCAUAUAUUGCAUCUUAUCAGAUUUAAUGCUAGAUUCAUUACUCCACAGAUGUAUAUAGAACAGAUGAUUGAUAUCCAGGAAAACUCGCAGCUAUAUCAGGCCGUGAUCGUUCCAAUAUUAUACUGCCUCAUGACUACGAAGAAUUGGAUUGAAUAUAGAAGCGAAGAAUUAGCUAUAGCAGUAAUAGAGAUAGUCAAAUACAUCUUAGAAAUUCCAAACUUCAUCACGAAUUUGGAAUGUUUUACUGCUGUAUUCCUUUCCAUACGUUCUUGUCUCUCUAACGAAUGCUCUUUCAUUUCUCAAAAAUUUGAUAAUUUAGCUGAAUACUUCAAAAACUGUGAAUUGUAA